AAUCAUCCUUUCCCCUGUGCAGGAAACACCCAUCAUUGCCCCCAACCCCAACCCUUACAAACCCAUUCAUUAUUCCCUCUCCUUCUUCAUCUUCUUCUUCUUUAUCAACCACAUCCUCCUAUUCUAUGCUUCCGUCGUCAAUGGAGGCGUCUCCGUCGUCCAACGGGAACACGGUGGGCGGGUUCUACGUGGUGGUCAGCAGGGGCAUGGAGGAGCUGGAGCGGACCCUGGUCUCCAACAACAACGCUAUCUCCCUCCCUUUCCUCCAGCGCCUCCUCUCUCUCCUCCGAUCCUUCCACACGCACCUCACGCUCCUUGUCCACACCCUCCACCUCCCGCUCGGCGACAAGUGGCUCGACGAGUACAUGGACGAAACCUCCAAGCUCUGGGAAACCUCUCACCUCCUCAAAAACGCCCUCUCCAACUUCGAACCCUUCUACUCCGCCGGCUUCUCCCUCGCCUCCUCCCUCCACGACUCCCUCCCCCAUCUCUCCCCACAGGUAGUGAGAGCAAUAUCUGGGUGUAGAAGGGAGGCUCUGGGGUUGGAGGAGCAGAACCGUUCUUUGAUGGAGACGAGGAUUCAGACGUUGUGCUUGCGUUUGGACGAGAGACUGUCUGUGGAGUCGAAGCUGAACGGUUUCAACGGUUUCAGGGGAGUUCUAUAUGCAAUGAGGAAUGUGAGUUCGAUGUUGCUAAUGAUCUUGUUGCAUGGGUUGGUGUAUUGUUGGCCGGAGACGUCGGAGUUGGUGGUGGGAGGAUGCGAGGGGGGGCGGUUAUUUCUAGGGUCGGCGGUGAUGGUGUCAGCGGCGAGGCUACGGCAGAGGGUGGCGGCUGAGAUGGGCGGCGCGGGGUCGGGGAUAUUAUUGUACGAGUUCCGCCGGGCAAGGGUGGCGGUGGAGGAGCUGAGAGGGGAGUUGGAGAGGGAGAGAGUGGAGAGUGUUAGAAUGUGUUUUGGGGUCCUCAAAUCUGGCAUUGAGAGCAUCAUUUGCCAGCUUGAUGAUUUCUUUGAUGAGAUUGUCGAGGGUAGGAAGAAGCUUUUGGAUUUUUGCAGCCAUAGGUAAAUGUUACAUAGUCCUUAACAUUUUUCAUUUCUUGUUUACUCGGUUAAAGAGGGGCGUGUGCUUCAAAAAUGAAAGCACUUCUUUUUGUUGUUCUUCAUUUUUUUUAUUCACUUGUUGCUUUUUAAUUUGAG